AUGUGUCAUUUUGUAAAUAUAUAUUCAUCUUGUGAUAUCUCACUGAAGAUGAAGAUGUGGGAAGAAAUAAUUAGGUACAAACAGAAGUGGGUGGGAGAGUGGUGUCUUGGUGGUGAUUUUAACACUAUUAGAUUUAUAAAUAAAAUAAUUGGUCGGGGUGUCUAUAGUAGGUUGUUGGAUUCAACCGAAUUUAACGAUUUCAUUGCAUUAUCUGAGCUGGUCAAUUUACCUACUGGAAGUGUAAAGUUUUCAUGGUGUAGAGGUCGUUUAGGCUCUUUGAGCAGGAUAGAUCAAUUUUUGUUGUCAGAAGGUUUUGUAGAAAUGAUGUUUGCUGCUAGUCAAGAAAUUGGUGUUAAGGAUAUCUCGAAUCAUAGCCUCGUUUGGUUGAAGUGCAACAAUCUAAAUUGGGUCAAGAAACUGUUUCGUACCCUAAAUUGA